CGGCAGGUAGAGCAUCUACAAUCGUCGGUGCUAACGGCGGUGUUUACUUGCACGUAACGCGACAGUAGUGCCUUCAGUUUUUUUUCUAGUGCGGAAUCGAGCAUCACGUUUGCUGCUACCGUUCGCUUACACGCGUCGUCAGAUUCGUUCUCCCGUGACGUCUCCGGUCGCCGUUUGUGCGGUCACAGAUCACUCACGCGCGCAAAGCACCGCAAGGAACACCACUCGAUGCGUUCGGGGCGUAACGACGCGUUGUAUAACAUUCGACCCAGAUGGAGCGAUUUGUGUACCACGGGCAACCGGGACUUGGGCCCUCGAUGAGUGCGCCUUGAUGUGCUGUUGUUGGUGUUGCUGUUGAAUGUGUCCAGUCAGGCCAAAGUGCUGCGAAGGGGGUGAGGGGCUUGCUAUAGUUACGCGGUGGAGUAAACAAGUGUAUCGGGGGUUCUUUGUGACAAAACUUUUGUUUUUUUUAUUCUUCUGAUAGCAGCGAAAGUCUGUUCAAAUUUUCAUUGUGGUUCGGUGGAAAAGUAAGUGAAAAGUUGGAGCACAUUUAUCUGUUUGGUGGGUUGUUAGGGUAUUCAAAACCUAGAAGGAAAGCAUGGAAAGCAAGCAGAAAAUCAAAUUAGGGUGUGCGACAAGGCAAUCAAAACGAACGCAGUAACCUAUUUGGAAACGUCGCGCCAUUCCCUGGUCGUUGCUAAUGCGUGCGUGCGUGCGUGCAGACUGUCAUAAUUGAUUGUUUUGAGUAAACUAGGUUACCUACGCGAAAAGUGCAGAAAAUAAAUAAAACGCUAUCGCAAGAAUUCUGGCCAGUUUCGGGCUGUCGUUAAUUCAAAUCAUUAUAAUCGGUUGUUAAAUGGGAGAGCAAAAACACAAGCUUGACAAUCAUCACGUCACGUCACCUCGCAUACCUUAGCGCUAUACGAAUGCGUGCGUGCGCUAAUGUGAUCGAUCAGUUCACAACCAAUCAGUACAAAUCUAUCGAGAUCAUCUGGAAUACGUACAAAUAUUAAUUAGUCAAUGCUGAAAGAAUUCUAUACUACUGCGGAGAAGUGCUAAUUGCAUCCAGUCAACUUAACCAUAUCGGUUUCCGCGAACACUCGACGUAGCACGACCGAGGUCAACUGGUAGCGUGUUUUUGGCUCGUCCUGCUGGCCUCCUAAUCCAGAGGAAUAAUGCAGAGGUACUAUGGCAGCAAUUGCACCCAGUUUAUACGCUGCCAUUGUGACCUGUCUGGGAUUCGCUUGCUUUGCUCUCAGUGCCACAGCCGUCGGUUUGCCGGUGUGGGCUCGCUUUCGCAGCUAUGGCGGCUUCGAUGAUCAAGGAUACUUCGGACCGUGGACAUUAUGUCGGCAGCUAACCUACCGGGAAAAAUGUGGUCCCGAAGUGUCACAUUUUCGACCAUCCCAAGCCAUCUUCGUAGCCGGUUUGCUGUCUACAUUUGGUUGCAUUGCAUUCGGACUGUACUGUGUGCUUUGCAUACUGCAGAUUGCAAUGAUCUCUUCCCGAGAAAAGGUAGUCAUGCGCUACGCUACUCUAGUCGUUCUAAAACUUUUGCUUGCGGUGGUGGGUGCAGCACUGGCGCUAAUCGGAGCUAUCCUGUUUGCCGUCACAUCCGACACUGGUCGUGGACAUUUUGAGGUAAUCCGUGGAUCAUCCUUCUACAUACAGCUAGUGGUCGUUGGGAUGUCCAUUUUACUUGCCCUGCUGGCCGUUUAUGAUCUCGUGCUGGCUCGCAAACCGGAAGGAGAUCCUACGAUGCUGCCGACUGUAGGCAGCGGCAGAUCGACGCCAACUACGGUGGUGAAUCCUGGUUACAGAGAUAUACCUCGGGGGAGAAGGAACAGUAAAAUUGGUAUAUCGGUAACAGAUUCAUCGGGUCGACCCCAUACCGGAAGCAGCUUCACUGUUAGCGGUAGUGUUCAGUCGAUGAAUACAACCCUGACGUCGAUGUCCGGGUCGACUACCAGUACCAAUCGAACGCCGCUGAGAUCAAGUCUGAAAAAACCUCGUCCACCCGAUAGCAGUACAGAUACCUUGGGUAUCCAAAACCCCGGCUACUCGGGAUCCGGACAGUCUCCCCGGUUGACACGAAGUGGCAGUGUGAAAAAAGUUCGCAUCCAGACGCACGAUACCGAAGUUUAACUGUUGUAAAAACGGAGUUUGUUAUUUUUUCCCCGACUAACUUGUCUUUGGCACGAAAGUAUGUAUGAUUACUAAUCGCACAAACGUCCAAUAUUGAAUCGGUUUCAAUACGAUUAGCUAAUUCUUCGUUCGAAAUAUUUGACUCGGUUAUGCAACUUACGUUUGAUGUGACAAGGUUUCCAAAUUGCUACACGACCGAUGCAGGUGGACAAAAUUUACUGGGUUACGAGCUGCAAGUUGAACAGGGAUGCCAGGUCAAAUUUUCAAAUGCCCGCAUGCUUAUUUCAAGAAGUUGGCCCAAAGCCCUGUCAGCUUGGAGCGAAAUCAUUCUUCAGUCCGACAACGCCAUCUCACGGCAUCACAUUCAACAUAUGUCAAUUGUAUAGCUGCGCAGUGCUGCUAUUCUGGUGCACACAAAUUUGACAUUUCUAUCAUCUUCUGCUAUGUACGAAAUUCGACGCGGACUCGCCUGAGGGCGCCAUGCUCGCUAAAAAGGAUGUUGCCAAUGAUUUGUUCGUGAGAUGUGAGAACUGCAUAUCUUGUUAUUAUGAUGUUUUUACCCUCAUGAAAUGUAGCGUUUUUUUAGCUUUGGAAAAAAUCUGCAAUAAACUUUUCUUUUCGUCUACGUCUGCAAUUCUGCCUGGCAUAAGAUUUUUUAGCACUUUUUCAGAUAUUUUUCAUGUUUUUUUGUUCUCCAGAAAACUUCAUUUGAAAAAGUAACCGGGGCGCUAUUUUGACAACUGACACUCAGUUAACCAUUCCGAAAUUGGUUAGAAGAUCUUUAAGUUUUCCAGAUGGUUUCCGAGUUAAGCUAAAUUGAGAAGCUAAGUGGAAUAAGUUGUUGGAUCUAAUUUCGAACCCAAUUGGGAAUCAAAUUUCAAGAUUGGAUGGUAACUAAGCUUUUAGAUUUCCCUUCUGCAGUAAUAUCCAAAUAUCACGAAAAUAUGUACAAGUAGUCUUCCUUUGAACGUAGAAAGCUAGGUUCUGUUGAAUUUACUUUUAGUAUUGUUUUAAGUUAAACCGUUCGAAAGCAGAUGGGAAAUCAUUGCUCGUUGGCUAAUAUACCUGUCGAAUUCCAGAUGAGAAAUACUACUUGUUUGCUUGCACAAAUUUUAUUGUUUAUCUCGUUAAUUAAUUCUAGUUUCAAGUAUUCCGAGCAUUACUUAUUCUAUAGAUAAAACUCUAACAACUAUAAAGUCAUGGUUGUUUCGCAGCUGCACUAAAAGCUAUUAACAACGACUGCUCGAUACAUAUUUUACACCUAGAAUAGUUCGACCUAUUUUAUUAUAAAUCACUUACACAUGAAUCUAGACCGUCCCUGGCAAUGUCAGAAAGCCACUGCAUAAAUGUACAAAUAUUUAUUGUAUAAUUAGUUAAUCUAUUUCUGUAGAAUAUCGCCUUCACAUUGCAAAGAGUAAGUAAUAAGUACAUUUUAUAGCAUUAACAUAAUAAUCGAAAAAUAAUCUAGCUGCGGAUGGUGAUGAGAGCGGAUCAUUCGACUGAAACAAUUGAAAGGAGGUAAAGAUGCUGGCUACAAUUAAAAGAUUUUCAGAACCAUUUUUCAACCAUGUUUGGCCAGUAUUAGAAUAAAUGUAAAAAUUACGAUUACGGUCGAAUCAAACUCAUCACUCGGCUAGACAAUUUCAUAUCUUAGAACAUUUCAAAACAAUACCGUCCAGUACUAGGAUACUUUCAUAAACAGCAAAAAAAAGCUGAAUAUAUUUUCUACGUGGACUGUGAUUAUUUGCUAAUAAAUUGACAUUACAAUAAAAGCUACGACACAUCGAGAAAA